AUGUCUAUGAACAAUUCCAAACAGCCAGUGUCUCCUGAAGCUGGGCUCCUUUCAAAUACAACUUGCCAGACGGAAAACCGGGUUUCAGUAUUUUUUUCAGUAAUCUUCAUGACAGUGGGAAUCUUAUCAAACAGCCUUGCCAUUGCUAUUCUCAUGAAGGCCUAUCAGAGAUUUAGACAGAAGUCCAAGGCAUCAUUUCUGCUUUUCGCUAGUGCCCUGGUAAUCACAGACUUCUUUGGCCACCUCAUCAAUGGAGCUAUAGCAGUCUUUGUAUACGCUUCUGAUAAAGAGUGGAUCCGCUUUGACCAGUCGAACAUCCUUUGCAGUAUUUUUGGUAUCUGCAUGGUAUUCUCUGGUCUGUGCCCACUUUUUCUAGGCAGCGUGAUGGCCAUUGAGCGAUGUAUUGGAGUCACCAAACCAAUAUUUCAUUCAACGAAAAUUACAUCCAAACAUGUGAAAAUGAUGUUGAGUGGAGUGUGCUUGUUUGCUGUUUUCAUAGCUUUGCUACCCAUCCUUGGGCAUCGAAACUAUAAAAUCCAAGCAUCGAAGACCUGGUGUUUCUACAAAACAGAACACGUCAAAGACUGGGAAGAUAGGUUUUAUCUUCUACUCUUUUCUUUUCUGGGGCUCUUAGCCCUUGGCGUUUCAUUCCUGUGCAAUGCCAUCACGGGAAUUACACUUUUAAGAGUUAAAUUUAAAAGUCAGCAGCACAGACAAGGCAGGUCUCAUCAUUUUGAAAUGGUCAUCCAGCUCCUGGCUAUAAUGUGUGUCUCCUGCAUUUGCUGGAGUCCAUUUCUGGUGACAAUGGCCAACAUUGGAAUAAAUGGAAAUAAUUCUCUGGAGACUUGUGAAACCACGCUUUUUGCUCUUCGAAUGGCAACGUGGAAUCAAAUUUUAGAUCCCUGGGUGUAUAUUCUGCUACGGAAGGCAGUCCUUAGGAACCUCUACAAACUUGCCAGACGCUGCUGUGGAGUGCAUAUCAUCAGCCUGCAAGUUUGGGAGCUCAGCUCCAUUAAAAAUUCCUUAAAGGUUGCUGCUAUUUCUGAGUCACCAGUUGCAGAGAAAACAAAUCAGCGAGCACCUAGUUUAAUAGAACAGUAAGUCAGUGUAGGUCUAAGACAAAAUUAAAAGCGUCGUCAGUAUUUCAGUUAAUUGGCUAGAAAUAGAAAGCCUAACUGGGAAAUUCAGACCUCAGCAGUUAGUUUGGGGGCACUAUUGUCAGACUCGGCUUUUGAAAUUUGUUAAAUUAACUGUAUAAUUACAUCUUUUCACUUGUUUUUGUCAACUGGAGGUAAACACGAUGGGAUAAUUCCAUGGGGGAGUCAAAUUGAAAAAAAAAUUGAGCUUAUUUAUGUUAUUUACACUUUUGGAAUGAGUGACUGUGUUGAAACCUAAAGCAUUGACUCAGCCUAUCUGACAAAGAACAUCUCAAUACUUACCUUCACAGUGAAAUGGCUGAUUUGGGGGUCACUGCUCUGCAACUGUUCCUUAUAAAUGAGGCUCAAUGAAGGGGAGCACCCUCACUGUUUGAUCUGGUCUGUUACACCCCUCAUUAUGUUGCUUCUAUCUAUGUAUGUAUGGUCAUGUCACAUGGGAGUCACUGUGGCUUAUAGUUAUAAUGACCUCCCUUACACCAGGUGUGGCUGUCAGGUUGCCUGACUUGGCGAGCCUCUAUAGAAUAAGCCUAUCCUUGUCAUUUUGACAAACAUGACUGCUUGCAUGUUUUACUAUGGAGGUAAAUUGUUGUUUGAAGGUUUUUGUUUUGUUUUGUUUUUUGUUUUCUGGGGUUUUUUUUUGGCAAGCUAUAGAUUUGCACGGUUUUCAAGCAAUCUCCUUUUUCUCUGAAAAUUCUAGUGCACAGUAAGUAGUUUUUAGAGAAACAAAGGCUCUAUGUCAGCACAUAAACAGGUAAUUUGCAGUAUAGCAGAUCCUAAGAAACUCUGCCCAGUGAUAGGUACAAAGAAUUUUGGCAAAGGAGCUCUACUUUGAGCUCUCAUUUUUGUAUCAGAGAACAAAAGAAACACAAUCUAUAUAUAAUAUUCAAAGACUAUCUGUAGCUUAUUUGUGCUUUCUACACACACACACACACACACACACACACACGCACACAUGAGAAAUUUCUGUUGAAAGCUGGUUCAUUAAAUCUCUAAGAUGGC